CUGUUCAACACAUGAAGUGCGGGCAAAGAUGGAGGUUACAUUCUGUUGCUACAGUCACUAUUAUAAAUAACAUAUAGCCUACCAUGUCAUCCAUUGUCUCGAAUGUGUCCAACUACCCGUUAGUGGAUAAACUCAUCGAGAAUGAAGCAGAGAGCGAGAUUCUACUCUCUAAGCCAACAUGUUUUAUCAUCAUAGGAAAACCAGGUGUUGGCAAAUCUACUCUAGCCAGAAAAUUAGCCAAUACUUGGAAUUGUAUCCUCAUUGAUGAUACAGAUCUUCUCAACAGCCACAUCAGUGAUGAGACUGAACAAGGUAUACAGCUCUUUAAGAUUCUGGCUGAAGGGAAAGCUGUUCCAGAGGAGAUGAUGGUCGAGGUAAUUGUUGGCCGGCUAAAGUCACCUGAUGUACAACACUACGGUUAUGUCCUGGCCUGUUUGCCAUCAAUUUCAGAGGAUUACCUAAAGAUACAGGAGCAAAUAGACCUGAUUAAAAGCCUCGAAAUGCCACCAGACUUCAUCAUCAACAUCAAGUGUGCAGACAGUGACCUGAUCCACAGGCUAUCAGGAGAGCGUCAACAUCCGGAGACAGGCCGGGUGUUCCAGAAGGAGAAGUGGGACCCUGUGAAGAAAGAGUCAGUCAUAAAAAGCAGCAGCAUAGAAGAUGAGGAUGAGGAAGAGGAAGAAACAGAGGAUCUGGAGGAAGAGAUGGAAGAGAUAGAGCUACAGAAGGACAUGAUCACACAACUAGUAAGAGUGAUUGAGAAUUACCCAGAGAAUGCCAAGAGCAGGAUCAUGCGCUAUAAAGACACCAUUCUCAGGCCUCUUGAGGAUUACAUGGCAGACCAUAAUCCCCCAUAUUUAUUUGAGCUGGAUGGAAACAAGGAUCCAGAGGAGCUCUUUGAGUCAGUAAUGUCUCGUUUGGAGUCCAUGGCUGUGAGGUGUCCAGCUGUGCCGGUGCGUUUGAUGCCGACAGAGGACCCAGAGCUCGCUGAUCAGAUGGACAUGGAGGAGCUGUUUCGGACUCUGUCUACCUGUAGAAAUGUCGCACCAGGCUUUCAUUGGCGAAGGAGCCGAUGGUCCUGCAACUGCCCUGUGGCACUCAAAGAGGGCAGGGUGGUCAAGGGUAGACCCGAGUUCGCCGUUGGUUUCAUGGAUAAGAUCUACAUCCUGUCAUCUCAAAAUGCUCUGCAGAAGUUCACGGCGAACCCUCGUUGCUACCUGCUGCCCCCCAUGCCACACUUGCCUUGCAGGGUGUCCGUGAUCGGCCCACGAUGCUCAGGAAAGAGCACAAUUUGUGCACUGCUAGCAGAGUAUUACGGUGCUGUAGUGCUAGAUGUUGAGGCACUGAUGGAGCGUACACGGAGUAUGUUCACACAAGACAUGUUGGACAAAGUCCGUCACGACGCCACCCUCGCAGGUUUGGAGAAGGUCAGAGCCAAGAUGCAGCAUGAGGCUACAGAUGCAUCAGGUAAUGUGACAACCAAUAAGGGAGAGUCUGAUGAAACUUACUCAGCAAUAGAGGUGACAGAAGAUCAUCCAGAUGUUCAAGUUUUUGUGGAGGAAGCUAUGAAGGAAGCAACAGAGUCUCCAGUCACAGCUUCACGGGAGCUUUAUUUGGAGGCCCUGGAGAAGCACAUAAGAGAGAUUGAGACUGAAGAUGUGGAUUCUGAAUAUAAAAGAGGGUGGAUACUGGACAACAUUCCCAGCAGUAGAUCACAGCUGAUCACCAUUGAGGAACUACAUGGUGCUGUAACACCUGAAGUCCUAUUCUGUCUGAAAGACAAUGAUGGAGAAGGAAGGACUGUACUAACAAGGAUGUAUGAACAGAAUAAAGAAGAGGUGGAUCGAGCUGUGCUGGCUCGCCUAAAGAAAGAUAGGAAACUGCAUAAGACACAAGACAAUCAUGAGACACUGAAACCGAUUGAAGCCUCAAAGAAAGAUUCACAGCCUACUGACACCCAGCCAAAACUCGAGACAUUGAUUGAGGAGUCAGGUAGUACUCUUUCACAUCAUUGCAUUGCUGUGCAUUAAUGUUAAACUCUGCUCAACCUUACAA